GCACACAAAUGCACACACAUUUGCACAAAAAAGAGAGAGAGAGAGAGAGAGAGAGAGAGAGAGAGAGAGAGAGAGAGAGAGAGAGAGAGAGAGAGAGAGAGAGAGAAUGCGCUUGCAGAACCGAGACCCCACGGCCCGCAAACCCCCAGGCUGGGCGGCAAGGGAGGCACAGAAGCGGAAGGAGAGGGACUACUACCGACACACUGA